ACAGUGGGCGGGGUUUGCAGAAAUGGACGCGUCUGAGGUAGAGUUUCUAGCGGAGAAGGAACUGGUUACAGUUAUCCCCAACUUCAGCCUGGACAAGGUCUACCUGAUAGGGGGUGACUUGGGUCCAUUUAAUCCUGGUCUGCCUGUAGCUGUGCCCCUGUGGCUCGCCAUUAACCUCAAGCAAAGGCAAAAGUGUCGUGUUGUCCCCCCAGAGUGGAUGGAUGUGGAAAAAUUAGAGACAAUUCGGGAUGAAGAGCGCAGACAGGAAACAUUUACCCCAAUGCCCAGUCCGUACUACAUGGAGGUGACCAAGUUGCUGUUAAAUCACGCCUCUGACAAUAUACCCAAAGCAGAUGAGAUUCGUACACUUGUCAAAGACACAUGGGACACUCGGAUAGCCAAGCUCCGGCUGUCUGCUGACAGCUUUGUGCGGGAGCAAGAGGCUCACGCUAAGCUGGAUAACCUGACGCUAAUGGAAAUUAACACCAUCGGAACUUUUUUUACCGAGUCCUUAAACCACAUGUACAAACUGCGCACCAGCCUGCAGGCCCCGGAGGAUGGCCAGUCCCAAGAUUACUAACCCUCCUACAGUGUCCGGCAAUUGCAUAAUUAAAAGGGGGGGGACUAAUUAGUUGUCUGCUGAGACCACCGCAUGAUAUCGGGCAGUUUGAUGCCAAGGCCUCGUUUCCUGGCAUGCCUAAAUAUCAUCUCUGUGGAUGGCUCUUGCAUUGUAUCUGCACUUUACAUCUGUCGCUGAAAUAGUGGCGAAACCAGCUGAUCAUCCAUUUUCGUAUCUUGUUGCUUGAAGUGAUCAUUUUUUACAGUGUCAAGUGAAUGUUCUGAUUAUGUUGGUUCAAUAAAGUGUCAUCUAAAUGCCUAAGCUGGUGCAUACACUGUCGGCAAUCUGUAUUGGGUGAACGUGUCAAA